AUGGCAAGAGUAAUUGUAUUGAGAAGUAAGAUUUUUAAGCUAAUCGAAUGUUUGAUCAAAAAGCCAAUUUUUUGUCGAAAAAUUAAAAGUGAAUUUUUAGACGACGACGAUGACUACAUUCCGGAGAAUUACAUUGUAAAAAAGAACGGGAAAACCUACCGUCCAAUCUCCAGACGGCAAAUUCUCCAUCAAGAUGACGAGGAGGACCUGGAUUUCCGAAGUAUCAGACCAUUUUCGAAAUUAAGUGGGUCUCCGUUGACUGAUUUUUUUACUCCAGAAAAAAAAUUUGGCCAAAGAAAAUUAAAAUUUUCAGCCCACCGAAAGCACACAGUUCCCGAGUUCUCUCACCGUCUCGAGGAUCAGUUCUGCCAUCACGACGACACAAUUGUUCUGAAAUGCAAUUUCACUGGUUACCCAAUGCCAGAAGUCGUAUGGUAAAGACGGUCCUUAAACUUUUAGUUAAAAUUAACCCACUGCAAAAUUCCUUUUUAAUUCUAACUGUAUACUGGCAUGAAUAGUACAUUUUGUUUCUAAUCUAAGUAUUCAUGCCAAUGCACUCUAUAAAACUUUGAAAACUUUCAGGUUCAAGGGACAAACACCCAUUUUUAAUGAGAUGCGACGCACUGUGCACACCAGCGACAAUUCUACAGAGGUAAGAAUUGGGAAUUGACUUAUAUUUAGCAAAUCGUAAGGGUUUUUAGUAACUUUGUGAAUAUAAUUUUCAAAUUUCAAAAUAAAGUAAAGAGUAAAAAGAAAUUUUGGUGAAACACAUUCCUCGCUUUUCAGCUCUGCAUCUUCAACGCCAACAAAGAAGAUGGCGGAUUUUAUUCCUGCCGCAUUGAGAAUGAUAUGGGGGUGAGAGAGACAAGUUGCCAUGUCCAUAUUGGAGAUACUGGAAAGUUGCCGGGGAAGCUGGCGAAACUCGAAGCGGCGAUAAAUUACCGGUGAGUUUGUCGCCACAUUUUUAUGGGCGGUUUUCUCAAAUGACCCCUUUAAAAAUUUUUCCGUAUAUUUUAUGAAAGCUUUUUUUUAAUUUUCGGAAAAUUUUAAUUUGUGCUUUGCGGGAGCCGUGAUGUUUAUAAAGAUGCAAAAAAAACUAAAAAUAGCGUCAAAUGUUUGCAAAGAUUGGCCUAAAAAACUGGAUGAGACCUCAAAGGCUUGACCUAAAUCAAUGUUUAUGCUGGGCCAAUUCGCAUCAAAAACCUACUAAUUUCACAGUAAUUUCCGUUUUCUUUUCUAUACCUUGAUUUUCAGAACCUACCGGAACGCUCUCUACACUCCCUCGUACACUUACUCCAGGUUCCCAGGCACAUGGCGAUGA